AUGGCGGUUAAUAAUAUUUUGCCACAACAACAGCAGCAACAGCAACAACAUCAUCAUCAACAACAACAGCAACAACAACAACGAAUAUCAAAUUGGUUAGCGGAUACUAACAGGCAAAAUCAUCAAGCCUACGAUAAUGCUGUCUUAGCAAUGCAAACACAACAGCAACAAUAUAUGCAACAGCAACAGCAACAACAACAGCAACAACAACAACAACAACAGCAAUAUGGUAAUUAUUCUCCGCAACUAUCAGCGACGACGAUCUCUCUGCCAUCAAUGAAUUAUUAUACAAAUUCGCCUCAAUCCCAACAACAACAACAACAGCAGCAACAAUCAUGUAUGCAACAACAUCAGCAUCAGCAACAAACGCAUUUAAAACACCCUUUGCAAACACUUCAGCAGCCGCAUACUCAACAAAUUUUAACACCCGCCCAUUCACCAGUUGCACCUAAUGUCAGAUCAUUAGUUCAACAGCAAACACUACAUCAAUCUCAGCAUCAACAUCAACAGCAAUUACAACAUCAACAUCAACAAAUUGCUACACGAAGGGAAGCUGUGUUGAGUUGUGUGGUAAAUGGUCUCGAGUCUUUGAAAAAUGAUUUGAUAGGAGAGAAUAUGCCCCAGAAUGCGGUUAAAACAUAA